UCUGUGUGUCAUUUUGGCGCACUAUUCAGUCCAAAUUUUAAACGUCUUAGAGCAACUGAUUGUUUCACGGUAGUACAAUCAUUGUUUAGCCGACUGUUGCUUCGGUGCAUCGACAUCAACGUAUUUUCUACCAAUAAUUUCCUAACAAUGGUGCUACUCAAUAUAAACGGCAUAAAGCAAUUCGAUCCUCAGCUAUUAACCUACAUCGCCACCAAUAACAACGCCAAGGUUGUGGACAUGCUCAAAAAAGUUGAUGCAAGGAAGUUGAGAGAUUGUUGGGGAAAGACUUUGCUGCACUGGAGUGCAGACGAGCCCGGAAACCCAGAGAUAACAAGGUAUUUGAUAGAGAAAGACUACAAUAUCAAUGCCCAGGAUAUCGAAGGCAAUACACCAUUGGGAUUGGCUGUCGAGUCGGAUCAAAUGGAGAUUAUAAAAGUACUGGUCGAAGCAAAUGCCAACAUCUACAUUCCGAACAACAGUCGCUUGAAUCCCAUCGAAUACGUGCUGCGUUAUUGGAACUUAUCGAACACAGACAUCGUCAAAUGGUUUCUGAAUAAACUGCGGGAGGAUUGCGGCGAGAACAAGCAGAUGUUAGUGGACAAGUUGAUGGAUUUCAGUUGCCCGAUUUACUUCGCCGUGCUGCUGACAGACUCGGAGAUAACGCAGAGGAUGUUGGACCGCAAGUGCGCGAUCGAUGCUCGCUGUCCCGAGACAUCCGACACCGCGCUGCACGUGGCGGUCGCGCAGGCGGACUUGGCGAACGCGAGGCUACUGGUAGAGCGCGGACUAGGCGUGAACUGCAAAGGCCAGCAGGACGAGACGCCGAUAUACCGGUACGAGACCUACGACAGCGACACCGACGAGAAGAUCAAAGUACUCCACUUCUUAGUGACGAGCGGGGCCGACAUGUAUAUCUGCAAAAUUAUGGGGACGCCGCCCAUGGAGAGGAUAAUGUCUUGUGCCAACAAGCGAACCCUCGACAUGAUGCUGAACUUGAAGAGCAUCGAUCUGCGCAGGACCAACAGCCGCAGCGAGACAAUACUGCACUUCGUCUGCAAGAACGACAGCCCGGAUGCGGGCCAAGCCCUCCUGCAGCUCCGCGGCCGGGAUUUCGACAUCAACCUGGCUAACGCGUACGAAGAAACGGGCCUGAUGUUAGCGACCAAACGGGCGUACGUGAGUACGGUCAGAUCUCUAUUGCAGCUGGGCGCCGAACUUGAGAUCGAGGACAAGAACUUCCGCACGGCGAUCCAUCUGACUUAUCGCUUUAUGAGCGAUUACUUUCCGGAACCGCUGAGCCGGUUGCGAACGAUCGCCGACAUGCUGCUGAUGCACGGCGCCGAUCCUCAGCGCUUGAGAGGUGGAAUCUUGCUGGAAAAAUUUAAGCAAAAGGGAGACACGUACAUAGCGGAGAGCAUCCUCGCGCGCCUAGUGGAAAUGGAGGAUCAGGACGAGUCCGCGAUCACUUCUCACAUUCGGCGCACGAUCCAGCGCUGCGAAUACUAUCAAAAUUACUUUGAUGAGUGUAAAGUCAAUCUAGAAAAGAUGAAAUCGGUAACGGUAUUCAAUACGAUAACGCUCAUCGACCUGCUAAAUAGAUUCGAUUGUGCAGCACUUUCGAAACUCGUUUGCUUUGAUGAAUUCACCACUACGUACAAGCUGACCAUGUCCAAGAAUAUCGACUGGAUUCCGCAUUAUUAUAUCUUCGUUAUUCAAAAUCGGGUCAUUAUCCCCGGGAUAGACUACACAGUCAAAAACCUUACUAAGAAAUUCUUAAACUUGAUGAAUUGAGCUCAGGUCACGUUAUU